AUGAUGGUUAUUGGUCUAGGUACCAAUAGAGAUUUGAAUGAGCAUGUUACUACGUCGCCAGCCUCACCUUCGAGUCCCCAGUCUACACACUCGAGACAAAAUUCUACUGGAACGACUACCGUGUCCUCGAAGCAGUUAUCAAAGACUUUACUGACCUUGCUGACAGCAAAAAGUCAAGCUGGUGUAUGGGAACUUGGGAAAAGUGCAAGUACCAAUUUUCAUGCGGUGGCUGUUGAUAAGAAUCAUCAAUUCCCACCUCGCAAGCCUGCGAUGCGACCUUCACAAACCCCACACCAUUCCACCAUUCCUGCGCAUUCUCCUCUUUCACCUUACACUCCUGGUUCUCCCGUGCAUCCCGAUGGUUUGAUUCCAGCGAUAUGGGUCAGAAAACAUCGUGAAAUUAUACCAAGUGUUGUCGUGGGAUUUUAUGAUUUAUGGCAUAGGUCAAUGGUCACUACAACAAAGGAAAAAGAUGAACUUACAUUGCAGGAGCCUUUGGGUUCUUUGGAACCCAUUGAAAAAGAGAAGGACUCUAACUUGGCGUUGGAAAUUAAUGAAAAAAGAAAAUCUUUGCACGAGAGGGGUAUUAGAUUCGCUGCUGUAAUUAUUCUUAGGACGCAACACAUGGAAGAACAGAUGACCGAGGAGAGAUUAGGAAAUAUUCGAAAAGCAAGUGGCCUCGACGCGAAAAAUUGCUUCAUGGUGUUGACCCCUAGUGCACAUGUGGACCUGCCCGAAUAUGUAUCAAAUUCCACGAAAGAAUAUAUAUCUCAAGAAUCCCAACCUCUAAGCGUACAAGGCUGGAUGAUUCGCUACGAUUACAAGAUGGCGACUUUUGCAGAAUUUCGUCAAGAGAUGGAUGCCGCAAUAAAUACAUCGUCUACCGAUAAUAGGUUUUCGUCAAAUAAUAAUAUUUCUAGUACAGGAAUUAAUCCUUCUGUAACCCUCCAGCAUCCUGGUUUUUACUAUUAUUUGGCUGCAAAAUAUAAUUCUAUGAAAAGGAAAAAGUUCUUGGAAUUGGAGAAGAACUUUCAGAGAAUUGACAAUUCGAAGAUUCCACCUUCUGUCAUCGAUGCCGAGAGAAAUGUAGAACAUUCGACGUUCACCAUUGAGCUUCUGACAAAAAGUUACGAACAAUUCAAAAAACAAAAAACUGGACGCAUGACGCUUUAUCUUGCUUCUGAAAUAGCCGAGACAUAUUUUGAAGCGGAGAAAUAUGAUAUGGCGUUAAAGUAA